CGAGUACUCUGUGGCCUUGUUCAGCCGACCCACAGCCGACCGCACGCCCUGAACAGGGGAGGACACGAGAGGGGCAGGCGGUCCUCUCCUGAACACGUGUUGUCAAAUUCCAGACCUGUAACACGCAGUCAAACCCGGCUGGGAGACCAGGGAGGUGCAGACGUCAAACCAUGCUCACCCCUCAACCCAUUCAGACCUGACCCCACAGCCCAGUCCACCCCGGACUCUGCAUGGUCAAUCCACGACCCAUCCCCCUGGAGGGGCACAGCCGGCAGAAUUGUGGAUUUUCUUAGUCCUAACACCACCAUGAACAGUAAACUGGAUGGGUCUUAUAUUCAAGCCCCCAUGUUUCAAGUUCCAGGGCCACAGGAUGGACCACCUGCCUCCCAUCUGCCCACCAUAAAAAAUGGCGUGGCUUUUGGAAAAGAGUUCUUGACGUUAUGCAAAGACAUAACAGACGUCUGUGCUGCUGUGGUUGCGGCCUUCCCAGUCAACAUGGCCCUCAUCAACAGCACGAAACAAGGUAAAGCCGAAGACGUAACAUUUUACUAUCAGCGUCUUGUGGCUGCCUGUCAUAUUCACAUCGGCCUCGAGGAGCCCACAGACAUAACCAACAUGACUGUGUGGGAAACUCAUCUCAAGAACGCCUUUAUGAACGGGCUUCUGCCAGACGUCAAAACUGCCACUGGACACUCUGUCGUGGGUCUGGAAGAUGCAAGGCUCACAAGUCAAGUGGCAAAACAUGCACGACACAAUUAUAAAAUGCAUGUGGAAAAUCAAAUGUGUCAAGACAAACGCAGCAAGCAGACUGGGGAGAAAGCCCAGCUUGCGAUGCUCCAAGCCGUAAAACAGUUGACACUGGGUGCAGAAGGAGGACGAGACCCCCACCCAUCCAGAAAUUCUUAUGGGAGGGACCAACAGAGGACGAGCGUAUGGAAUAAAUCAUGGGAGAAGAGGGUGUUUCCAAGGAGGGGCCCCACGAGAAGUGCAACCCGAUGAACGCUUCCUCUGUGGCAAAACAGGACAUUGGUACAAAGACUGCCCCUCCCGUUCAAACCUGGUACGUCAGCCACAUGGACUGACAGAGGGGGUCAACAAUUCGGCACUUCAGACUGACUGUGUGUGUGUGGGAUGGAGAUUGCACGUGUGAAGGAGUGACUACUGCUGCCUCUCCAAAACAGGGAAGUGAAACACACACGCACACAAUGCUGCAAUGAAGACCUGCUUCCUCGCAC